AUGUUCUUUCCGAGAUGUCUUGGAGUUCGAAACGGGCUUUGGAUAUUCGCCGUGGUCGGUCUGUUGGUAUUCGUUAUCUUUUCAUUGCGAGUUGAUGACAACACUUAUGGUGUUUUCAAACGAAGACGUGGUGGAGGGCCGUUCGAUCGGCGUCCGUUCGUUCAGACGAUUGUUCAUCUCGAUCUCAAAGGAGCUCCUCCGAUUCCAUCCGUGUACACGUGGCUAUUUCCACUUCUAAAAAAGCUGGGCGUACACGGUGUGCUUAUUGAAUACGAGGAUAUGUUUCCUUACUCUGGGCCUUUGAACUCGGUGGUGAGAUUGCAUCACUAUGAUGUAAGCGAAAUUGAGGAAAUCAAUAAGAUUGCUCAAAUGAACGACAUAGAAAUAAUACCGUUGGUUCAAACAUUUGGACACAUGGAAUUCAUACUUAAGCAUCCUCCAUUUGCAGGUUUGCGUGAAAGUCAGUUGGAGGUGGGAGUUGCUUAUCUUUCUUCUCGUUGGGUUUCUUCAGCACGUAUUCUUGACUUACUAACUAAUUUAUGA